CUUGUUACAAAAUUUCUCAACACCAUUUAAAAUGAGUAUACAGUACGUGAUAGUUUUAUCGUACUUAUAAACCAAAUCUCAAAUAAUUUUUAUAAAUAAAUACAAUUAGAGAGGAAAACUAGCUAAUAGGCAUGAAGUUCACGAAAUUAUUAUUCGUGGCAUCUGUUAUGAUCGUCAUGUCACCUCUGGCUCCAACCAGAGCAACUGUGGUUGGAGGUUGGGGUAUAGAGGAGAAAGCGGCAUGCAUCGUGACAAACCUCAUGUCAUGCCUGCCGGCGAUACUCAAAGGAAGUCAGCCACCGGCAUAUUGUUGCGAGAUGCUGAAAGAGCAGCAGUCUUGUCUUUGUGGUUACAUAAAGUCUCCAACGUUUGGUCACUAUGUCAUCCCUCAAAAUGCUCACAAACUUCUAGCGGCUUGUGGUAUUCUUUACCCUAAAUGUUGAAACUCAAAACAUUCAAUCUUAGUGAAUAGUGAUUGAUCAUAUAUAUCAAAAUCUUAUGUAAUAAUGAUGAUGAUUGGGAAUUU